CCGGACCGGGACAACCGGACCGGGACCGGCACCCCGGGGAGCCAUGGCCGCGGUGACGAGGGGCACCGCGACACGCCGCAGCCGCCUGAAGCGCUCGGACGGCAGCACCACCUCCACCAGCUUCAUCCUGCGGCAGGGCUCAGCAGAUUCGUACACGAGCAGACCCUCGGACUCUGAUGUCUCUUUGGAAGAGGACAGGGAAGCGAUCCGCCAGGAAAGGGAGCAGCAAGCAGCCAUCCAGCUGGAGAGGGCCAAGUCCAAACCUGUAGCAUUUGCUGUCAAGACCAACGUGAGUUACUGUGGGGCUCUGGAUGAAGAUGUUCCUGUCCCAAGCACUGCCAUCUCCUUCGAUGCCAAGGACUUCCUCCACAUCAAAGAGAAAUACAACAAUGACUGGUGGAUAGGGAGGCUGGUGAAGGAGGGCUGCGAGAUCGGCUUCAUCCCGAGCCCGCUGCGCCUGGAGAACAUCCGCAUCCAGCAGGAGCAGAAGAGGGGCCGCUUCCACGGAGGGAAAUCCAGUGGGAAUUCUUCUUCAAGCCUUGGAGAGAUGGUUUCUGGCACAUUCCGAGCCACACCUACAGCCACAGCAAAACAGAAACAAAAAGUGACAGAACACAUUCCCCCCUAUGAUGUAGUGCCAUCCAUGAGACCUGUGGUGUUGGUGGGCCCAUCACUCAAAGGCUAUGAGGUGACAGACAUGAUGCAGAAAGCUCUCUUUGACUUCCUGAAGCACAGGUUUGAUGGGAGGAUAUCCAUCACCAGAGUGACAGCUGACAUCUCCCUGGCCAAGAGGUCUGUGCUCAACAACCCCAGCAAGAGGGCGAUCAUCGAGCGCUCCAACACCCGCUCCAGCCUGGCUGAAGUGCAGAGUGAGAUUGAAAGAAUCUUUGAGCUGGCCAGGUCCUUACAGCUGGUUGUGCUGGAUGCAGACACUAUAAAUCACCCUGCACAGCUUAUCAAGACAUCCCUAGCACCAAUUAUUGUCCAUGUGAAGGUGUCCUCUCCAAAGGUUUUGCAGAGACUGAUCAAGUCCAGAGGGAAGUCACAAAGCAAACACUUGAAUGUCCAGUUGGUGGCAGCUGAUAAACUUGCACAAUGCCCACCAGACAUGUUUGACGUGAUCCUGGACGAGAACCAGCUGGAGGACGCCUGUGAGCACCUGGCCGAGUACCUGGAGGCGUACUGGAGAGCCACGCACACGUCCAGUGCCACGCCCAUGACCCCCCUGCUGGGCAGGAACCUCGCACCCUCCGCCCUGUCCCCGUACCCCGCUGCCAUCUCCGGCCUGCAGAGCCAGCGCGGGAGGCACGGCGCCCACUCUGCGGAGAACUCGCCCACGGAGCGGCGCGGCCUCGACGAGAAUUACCGCGGCGAGAGGGCUCGCAAGAGCAGGAACCGUUUGUCUUCCAGUUCCCAGCACAGCCGAGAGCACUAUCCCCUGGUGGAAGAGGAGUUCUCCGAGCCCUACCAGGACUCGUACAAACCCCACCGCGCCCGCGGCUCGCCCGGCGCCUACAGCCACGACUCGCGGCACCGGCUCUGAGC